AUGGCUUGCCCGUGGAGGUGCGUAUUGCUGGCCGCGGUGCCAGUAACUGCAACUCUGCUGCUGCUACUGCAAUCCCGUGCUCUGUCCGGAAUGUUGAGUGGACAGCGCCCAGAGCUCUUGGAAACUGAUGUGGAUCAGAUGCCAAUUCUGAUCACAGCUUUGGACAGACUCGAGAGGAAGAUGAUCCACUUGGAACAGAUGUCAGAGACAAUCCUGGUGAAGGCUCCGGCGGCUGCUGGGUCGGGCUCAAGCGGGCCGUCCUUAGAUCCGGAGUCCUUAGCCCGAGUGGAGCGGAGAUCGGAGGACUCCUACUGGUUUCAGCGGAAAGAGCUAAAUCAGGUGCCAAGUCCUCACUUUGCAGGCCUCGAGCCCAAUUGGCCGUGUGUGUGGGGCGAAGAGCAGAUCGGCGUUGCAGGCGGUGAUGGGAAUAAGUGGAUGUGUGGCGCCCGUUUGCUUCAGACACCCUGCGUGGUGUAUUCCUUCAGUUUCGGCGAUUUCGCAUUCGAGAAGGGGGCGAUUAGUUUGGCGAAGGGAUGUGAAGUACAUGUCCAUGACCCCACAACUGAUGGGUCACAGUUCCCCGAAAACAUGCAUUGGCAUUUCCAUAAAGUUGGUAUCGCGGAUUACGACGGCUUAUUCAAGCUUGGCCGCGGCACCUGGCACCUGACACGGAUGGAAGGAAUGCCUGUAAAGACUCUCGCUACACUCAUGCAGGAGCACGGCCACAAGCACAUUGAUGCACUGAAAAUCGACAUAGAAGGUAUAGAGUACCAAGUUAUCACCAACUUAAAUACAAGUGGCUGGCCCUCCAUAGGCCAACUGAUGAUAGAGGUGCACGUCCAGAAAGAUGAGAGGUACAGAAGGUGGCUCCUGAAACUGGUGGAGCAGAUUGAAUCUGCUGGCUUCAGGCUGUUUCACAAAGAGACCAACGUGCUUGCCCCACAGGGGUGCAUAGAGUACGCCUUCAUUCAGCGAGGAUGGAGGCCAGAGAUCAAGGCCUACGACAUGUAUGCCCAGAGAUCUCCACGGUAA